AGCCCGUGAAGGACGGCGGCGGUUGCGGGUCCGUGAGGUGCGGCGCGGGGGGGGAGCCGGUUCUGGGGGUGUCAGUGUCGUGACAGUGUCCGUGACGCGACAAGCGCGGAGUCAUGCCGUUCUGGGAGCUGCAGCGGCAGCUGGGCAUCGACGUGGACCGGUGGCUGCUGCGGCAGAGCAUGCCGCAGCCCUACGGCAAGGCCGGGGCCUGUCACGCCUUCGAGCGCGAGUGGGUGGAGUGUGGGCACGGCCUGGGCCAGACCCGCGCCCGCCGCGAGUGCCAGCCCGAGUACGAGGACUUCAUGGAGUGCAUGCACCGCACCAAGCUGGCUAUACGGCUGAAAACCAUCCUCGAGCAGAGGGACAAGAUGAUCAAGGAAGGGAAGUACACGCCGCCUGACUACCACAAGGGCAAAGAGGAGCCGCGGCCUUGAUUCGCGGGGGACCUGGCUGUCGGUCACCUGUAGAGCUGUUGAUAUGGAACUCCUCUGGGAAGGAAACCCGCGGCACAACUGGGUUAUGCUGUAGCGGUGGGGUGGGGUCUGCAUGAGGACCCUGCCCCUACUGAAGGGGAAUGACACCACAUCGGGCAUUGCUUGGGCUAGUAAACGUUUCCUUCGGAACAGC